AUGACAGGUACUUCCCUUUCUUCCUCUCAGGACAUGCUGUCAGUCAUGAAGAACAAAGGGCCGAACACUGAGGGUAUUUUUAUGUUACCAGCUAAUGUCACUUCAGGCCAAAUUUUGAAGGAAAAACUUGACCAUGGGCAGUAUGUAAAUUUAUACAUGGAAGAUGUUCAUGUCGUUGCUGCAGUCCUAAAGGAGUUCUUACAAAACCUUGAAAAUAGUCUGAUGACAGCUGAACUCUAUGAGGAGUGGCUGAGUGUGCUAGACUGCCUCACAGAACAGGAGCAAUUGGCUGCUGCAAAAAGUCUUCUAGAAAAAGUGCCACCUGUGAAUGCCCUUCUCAUCAUACAUCUCUUCAGAAUACUUCACACAAUUUCUAAAAAUUCAGAAAAGAAUAUGAUGUGCAGUGACCGGUUAGCUUUAUGCCUAGCCCCAAUUCUGCUCUGGAGCCCUGGUUCAGGAUUCGGGGAGAAAUUUGCCAGAAAGGUUUCUUUAGUAUCUUUCCUUAUUAAAAAUUCACCAUAUAUAUUUGGAGAAGACAUCAUAUUCUAUGAAACAUCGUUUUUUAAUUCUUACGGUAAUAAAACUUCAAGUGUCCUGCAAAAAGAAAUAGAGCAAGAAAACCGCUCCCACAGUGGGAUGACAUGCCCCACAGAAAGUGACACAGUGCCUGGAAGUACAAGGGCUUCUCUUGAAAAUAAGGAGAUUCUAGAUUCUGUGACAUCUGAGGGUAGGACACCAACAUCAAGACCAGAAACGAAGGAAGAAUCUCUGAACAUCACUCCCCCAGAGGAAGAUACUAUGGUGUUUUCGCCCUCUCCACCAGGGCCAUUUGUGUCUCCACCAGGACACCUAUUUGGAAGAUCUCUCAAAAGUAUAUGUAACAAUGGAAACCUGCCCGCUGUUAUACUUGAGAUGAUUUCAAUUAUUCAUGAAAAGGGACUAGAUGAAUACCGUUUAUUCCGGUAUUUGGGGACCAAAGCAUUCUGGGACCUACGUGAAAGGAUUGACACUCAACAGGCUGUAAAUUUAAAUCAGGAAUCUGUGAAUGUCAUAGGAGCGGUCUUAAAGGAUUUCAUCGGAAAGUUACAAGGAAGCCUCCUUUGUUGUGAAUUAUAUGAAGACUGGCUUAAUGUUCUUGAUGAAGGUGAUUUGGAUCAAAAGAUUUCUACAAUUCAAAGGUAA